GAGCGAAGAGGAGAGUGAAAUAACGACGAGAUGCGACGAGAGCCGGCGUACCCGUCGUGCACAGCGCGGUGGCUGCUUCUCAAGUCAGCUGGUCGUCUGCAAGGCUUAAUCGCGGCAGCGCCAUAUAUCUGUCCGGAUAACAGCGUCCCGAAUGUAGAAACAGGAUGAAGUUUUGGAACCAGCUGUAUCUGCUACUAUGGAAAAACUUUGUAAUACAUCGACGACAAAAGGUGCGCGUGUGUAUAGAAAUAGUAUGGCCACUCAUCCUCUUCUUCAUCCUCAUGUGGGUCCGUACUCGAGGACUCCGUAUUUACAUUCACGAGUGCCAUUUCGAUGCCAAGGCCAUGCCUUCUGCCGGCCUGCUGCCAUUUGUCCAGUCAACGGUGUGCACUCUCAACAACACCUGCCACAGAGAGGCAGCCACUCAGAGCAGUGCCGAGCAGCAGUACAACACAUCGCUAAUUAUUCGGUUGGUCAGUGAUGUGAAUCAUAUCGUAAAUGAACAUUUAACGAAUGAAGACACAGUAAACAGCAUCAAGCGGUUAUCCCGUGACUUGGAAACCCUCUCUUCAUUUGUAAAGAAGCUCACAAGUGCCCAGUUUCCGUUGUCUGGAAGGGUUGCCUUCGAGGAUGUUCUGAAGAAUGAUGAGAACACAAGGCGCGGUUUCGAAAGCCUAAACAUCUCCAACAAGGACUUCUAUCCUGCCUUCUUCAAGUCAAGCGUCAGCGUCCGGGCACUUCAAAAGAUAUUUGACAGGGGUAAGGAGGGAAUUCGAGGCUACUUCUGCAAGCCAGGUGCACCCCAGGUGCUUUUUGUAGCUGACGCCCCAGAAGGGGGUGACGAGCAUGGUCACCUGCAGCGUGACCUUUGCAAACUGCCUGCCACUGAUGGCCGUGCCUUCACACUGCAAGUUCUGAGAAGCCUGAACUGGACCGCUGUGCUGCACGAGGUGUCAUCUGUUAUGAAGGAAGGCGGCCACAACUUCAGCACAGCUGACUGGGUGAUGGCUUUUCAGGCGGCUCAGGAUGCUCGCAAUGAGUUGUGGACACUGACCAGUUUUCAAGAGCUGCUCAAGGGCUUUACCGAGAGAGUAGACCAACUGUCCGAACUCUUCACCUGGGGCCGCUCACGACCGAAUGGCACAUUGGCGAGAGUGAUUCAGGUGUCGCUGUGUGGUCGCAACAUGUCUUCUCUCCUGGACACAGAGCACGGCCCAGCCCAGCGUUUUGAGGAGUUCCGGGAACAGGUCAACAGGAACCUGCAGGAACAGAAUGAUGAGGAUGUGGUCUCGGAAUACGUCUACGACAACACCACCAGCCCUCGCUGCAAUGCCGUCUUCCGGAGCCUUGAACACAACAGGCUGAUGCGGUUCCUGUGGGGCCAGGUCAAACCUUAUGUUCGAGGCAAAAUUUUGUUUGCCCCCAACAACGUGGCAACACGGAGGAUCAUUAGCAAGGUGAAUGAAACUUUCGAGCCGCUGAACAGACUGAUGAAGUUGACUCAGCGUUGGACUGUGGACAUCGCACCCAAGCUGGUACAUUGGCUGAGCAACAACUCCGCAAGGUUGGAACAAGUCAAGAAACUGUCCACUUCUGAAGGCCUGGAGGCAUUCUUUGUUGCUGGCGAAAAGACGGGAACCAAGGCAACCGUAGAGGAACUUCCCCAGGCUGCCCAAGCUCAAAGUGUGCUUGAGUGGCUGCUCUCCGACUGGGACGGUCGCAUUGAGAGAAUUAACAAGGUGGCACAGGAAAUGUACCACGUCUUUGAGUGUUUCGAGAUGGACCGGUUUGAGGGCUUCCCCUCUGAGGAGGCGCUGAUGCCACGUGGUUUGACACUGAUGCGAGAGAACAAGCUCUGGGCGGCACUAGUGUUUAGUGGAAUGAAGAGCUCUCAGGACACCGAGGUGCUUCCACCGUUCAUCCGCUACAAGAUCCGCAUGGAUGCCCGCAAAGUGGACUCAACAAAAAAGAUUGAAGACAGAAUUUUUCGGCCAGGUCCGCGCCGUCGCCCGACCAUUGACCUCAAGUACUUGACAUUUGGCUUUGCCUACUUGCAAGACCUUGUGGAACACUCCAUCAUAGCGCUGCAGACAGGAUGGGAGAAGACAACGGGGAUCUACCUGCAGCAGUUUCCACACCCCUGCUACAUCUUUGAUCAGUUCAUUGUGACAAUAGCCGAGUCCUUCCCCAUGUUCAUGGUACUCUCGUGGGUUUACUCGUUUGCAAUGCUCAUCAAGAGCAUUGUCCGGGAAAAGGAGCUGCGUCUCAAGGAGGUCAUGCGCGUCAUGGGCCUGGGAAGUGGGGUCCUCUGGCUCUCCUGGUUCAUCGACGCAUUUGGCUUCAUGCUCAUCUCUUCAGUUCUCCUCACCUGCAUUCUCAAGUUUGGUCAGGUGCUGGACCAUUCGGACCCGGUGGUAAUCUUUGUGUUCCUGGCCUGCUUCGGGGCGUCCAUUGUGUGCAAGGCUUUUCUCGUGGCUGCCCUGUUCUCGCGGGCCAACAUUGCGGCUGCAGCUGGCGGAAUCCUCUUCUUCACCUGCUACCUGCCCUAUCCAUUUGUCAAGCUCUGGAAGGACCGCCUCAGUCUUCACCAAAAGAGCGCUGUUAGCUUGGUGCCCAAUGUGGCCUUCGGCCUCGGCUGCAGCUACUUUGCCCACUUUGAGGAGGAAGGCGUUGGCGUGCACUGGCACAACCUGCUCCGGGGAGGCCUGCCCCCGGACACCUUCUCCAUCGCUCACGUCAUGGGCCUGCUGCUGCUCGACGCUGUGCUCUACUUUGUGCUCGCGUGGUACAUCGAGGCUGUCUUUCCUGGGCAGUAUGGAGUGCCAAAGCCAUGGUACUUCUUUGUCACCAAGUCCUACUGGUGCGGUUCUUCACAUUCCGACAGUCCAAGAAAGUCGGCAUGGGAGUCAUGUAAUGGAACGGCUAGCUUGAAUGGAAGGACAGAAGACAUGGAGGAAGAGCCACGUAACCUGCCACUUGGAGUGCUCAUCCGCAAGUUGACCAAGGUGUACACUGGUGCAGACCGGGCGGCUGUCAACGAGCUCAGCCUCAACUUCUACGAGGGGCAGAUCACUUCAUUCCUUGGCCACAACGGGGCUGGCAAGACGACCACUAUCUCCAUCCUCACAGGUCUAUACCCUCCAACACAGGGCACGGCUGAGAUCUAUGGCAGAGACAUCAGAACUGAGAUGGACAUCAUCCGUCGAAGCCUUGGCACCUGUCCCCAAUACAACGUCCUUUUUGACAACUUGACAGUUGCUGAGCAUCUCUGGUUCUAUGCUCGACUCAAAGGCCUUACAGCGGAUGUGGUUGGAUCUGAAGUUGACUCGUUCGUGCGCGAGUUAACCCUGGUCCACAAGAGGGACGAAUACUCAUGUAACCUCUCAGGUGGCAUGCAGCGCAAGCUCUCUGUGGCCAUUGCGUUUGUUGGCGGGAGCCGUACGGUAAUACUGGAUGAGCCGACAGCUGGCGUGGACCCUUAUGCACGGCGAGCGAUCUGGGACCUCAUGCUCAAGUACAAGCAAGGUCGCACAGUCAUUAUGACAACACAUCACAUGGACGAAGCUGACCUGCUGGGUGACCGGAUCGCAGUCAUCAACGAGGGUCGCCUGCGUUGCUGCGGAUCAUCACUGUUUCUAAAGACCCGAUUUGGUAGUGGCUACUACCUGACCCUUGUGCGGCCAUCACGGCGCAGCAAGUCACUGAAGAGUAGGCCAUCUCCCACAGCGCCUGCUUGCAAGGAUGUGGUACAGAACCAGACUGAUGGAGUGAACAGUGAUUCAUCACAAAUUGUCACCCCGUCAUCGCUUGUAUCACCAUUAUCUGGAAACUCCCACGACGAGUCCACCGAGACACUGGACAAACUAAUCCGGAGACACAUCCCCAAGGCAGAGCUUGCUACAGACAUGGGCACUGACUUGUCGUACCGACUUCCAGCAAGCCCAGAGACAUACUCUUCCUUCGUGUUCCUGUGCAAGGACCUUGACGCCAACCUAACAGAACUUGGCAUAACCAGUUACGGAAUCUCUGACACCACCCUCGAGGAGGUUUUCCUGCGGGUGACACAAGGUGGUCCCAACAUCAGAAGCCAAGCAAACGGUGAAGGUGAUCUCUACCACCCUGGUCCUGAAUCUGUGGAUGGACCGCCAAAGACCAGGCUCCAGAAGACCUUGGAUGCUUUACGUCUGUGGUGCUUGUCCCUAAGAACUUCAGCAAAGACCGUCAGACCAGAUCCUGAAGAUGCAGCUGCAAGGCAGCACCUGGCAGCGGAGAUGCCUAAUAACACAAACGCUGACAGCGACCUCCCUGCACCACCUAUCGUCAAGAAAGUAGCCGUGGGACCGCUGCUUCAUCGGCGUCAACUCGCGGCCAUGUACCGUCGUCGCUUCAUGCGCAACACUCGGAACUACAAGGGACUUUUCUGUGAGAUAAUCCUGCCCGCUCUGUUUGUGUUGCUGGCCCUGCUGUUCACGUUACUGAUCCCACCGAUGUCCGAAGAACCGCCCCUCGAGCUGACGCCUUGGGUGUAUGGCCCGCCAAAUUACGUGUUUUAUGGCUCUGAAGACACAUCCAGCCUACUAGCGAAAAAGUACACAGAUGCCCUCCUGUCCACGACUGGCCUUGGGGCACGCUGUGUUAAAGGGGAACCCCUGAGUGGCCUGGGGUGUGCUGAAAUGGCGAAUGCGAGUGUCUCAGUGCCUGGUGCACCUUACGGCUAUGAAUCCCUUGAGGGUGGCGGUACUUGCACUUGUGCAAGCGGAGCACAGCAGUGCAUGCACAACGCAGGUGGCCCCACGCCGCCUGCUGUCCGCACUGCCACUACCGAUGUUCUACUUAAUGUGACUGGCCGUGACAUCUCAGAUUGGAUUGUUAAAACCUGGAAUCCUUACCACAAGACAAGAUUUGGUGGUGUCCAGUUUGGAGUGAAGAAUCACCUGACAUCUCUCAACAUCACCGCUCUUGAGGAAGCUGUUUCUAAAAUGGACGCCCCUGGUGGUCUGAAUCUCUCGGCAGCAGUCCUCACCUUGCGUCGUGGCGUGGACAGCUCCAGAGUACAGGACAACGUGAAGGUGUGGUACAACAACAAGGGAUGGGUGUCCUCUGUGGCAUACAUGAAUGCCAUCAACAACGUAAUGCUGCGGGCACACCUGCCAUCCCAGGCUGAUGCCAGCUACUACGGCAUGUCGGUCAUCAACCAUCCAAUGAACUUCACUCAAGACCAGCUUCAGGACGAACUACUGAAGCGAGGUGGCCUGAGCCUGCUCCAUGCAACAUGUGUCAUCUUUGCCAUGUCUUUUGUGCCGGCCAGCUUUGUCAUGUUCCUCAUCGAAGACCGCACCUCAGGUUCUCAGCACCUGCAGUUUGUGAGCGGCCUCAAACCGUUCCUCUACUGGAUUGGCACCUACACCUGGGACCUGUGCAACUACGUUGUGCCUGCUGUGUUGUGCAUCUUCAUCUUCAUGGCGUUCAAGGAAGAAGCAUACGUCUCCCAUGACAACAUUGGUGGGCUGGUCCUUCUCUUGUUGCUUUAUGGGUGGUCCAGCAUUCCACUGAUGUACCCGUCGUCAUUCAUCUUCAGCGUGCCCAGCUCUGCAUUCGUCACCCUUGCUUGCUGCAAUCUUUUUGUUGGAAUUGUCAGCACGGUCUCCACGUACGUUUUGGAGCUAUUUGAUGACAAGGAGCUGCAGUCUAUAGCCCGAAUCCUGCGCAAGGUGUUCCUGGUGCUCCCGCAGUACUGUUUGGGGAGGGGUCUAAUGGACAUGUUCUCUAACCAUCUCACAGCUGAGGCUCUAGCACGAUUUGGUUUGAAGACCUUCAAGCAUCCACUGGAAUGGGACUUCUUGGGCCUUAACCUCGUUAGCCUUGCUGUUCAAGGACUUGUGUACUUCAUCUUCACGUUGCUCCUACAGUAUCGUUUCUUCGUGCGAAAAAGGCAGCAGACGGUGCCCUUUGACCCGAAAGAGCUUGCAGAUCAAGAUGUCACGCAGGAGAGAGACCGCGUGCUCGCUGGCCAGGCAGACGAUUCCAUACUCAAAGUGGUCAACCUUACCAAGGUGUACCGAGCUGGCCAGCACCCUGCUGUGAACCACCUUUGCGUCGGUGUCAGGGCAGGUGAAUGCUUCGGAUUGCUUGGAGUGAAUGGUGCUGGGAAGACCACCACAUUCAAGAUGCUCACUGGGAACACAGAAGUGACAGAAGGAAACGCCUUCAUCUCGGGCUACAGUAUACGCACACAAAUAGAUCUGGCACGGCAGAACAUUGGCUAUUGUCCUCAGUUUGAUGCAUUGGACCCUUUGCUCACGGGGUGGGAACACUUGGAAUUCUAUGCACGGCUUCGUGGAAUACCUGAGAAGUAUGUUCAGAAGGUUGCAGACUGGGGAAUUCGCAAACUUGGUCUGCACCGUUACGCCCACCGAUGUGCAGGCACCUAUUCGGGGGGCAACAAGCGAAAGCUGAACACUGCCAUUGCCCUAGUCGGGGAUCCGCCACUGGUGUUCCUGGAUGAGCCCACGACAGGCAUGGACCCCAAGGCUCGCCGUUUCCUGUGGGACUGCAUCCUGGACGUUGUACGAGAUGGCCGCUCAGUGAUUCUUACGUCACACAGCAUGGAGGAGUGUGAAGCAUUGUGCAGUCGGCUGGCAAUUAUGGUGAAUGGGCAGUUUCGCUGCUUGGGGAGCAUACAGCACCUCAAAAACAAGUAUGGCUCUGGCUACACGGUGACUUUGAAAGUGGGCGGGACCUCGUCGGAGCUUUCCCAAGUUGCCUCCCUGAUGGAAAGCUCAUUUGGUGCCGCCGACGCACAGCUCCGGGAGCAACACCUGAAUCAGAUGGAGUACCAGAUAUCGCCGAGUGUACCACUUGCAGUCCUGUUCCAACGGCUUGAAGCGGCCCGCGAGAGUUCGUCGCUUGACGACUACUCUGUCACGCAGACAACGCUUGAUCAGGUGUUCAUAAACUUUGCCAAGCAGCAAGGUGAUGUCAAAGGCGAGCAGGGGGACGCGGAAAGCGACCUGCCAUCUCCAUUGCCAUCUUCGCCAAAGGCUACACACCCUCCCACCAGCCCUGCAGUUGACAAGCUCACACCCGUCGUCAGCAUACGACCGGCUUCUGCUGGUCCGCUGUCACGAGGCCAAGAACUCAUUGAGCUUCCAGAAUGGAUACGGGAGACCGACAUUGUGUGAAGCUGCAGGGCUGCACUGCAAGGUGUUUUCCAGCUGUGAUAUCCUCCAUCAUCGAGCGCGUGACCAGUGGUGCUUUCUUUGUCCCUCCGCUUCAAGAACUGAGAGAAAGCCAGGCGUGAUGCAAGUGCAGAAGCAUGGGUGUGUUCCACCCAACCUCGUGAGAUAGGCGGGUGAUACAUUUCUUUUUGGUUAUACUGUCGUCGUUGCAACUUUUCCGCACGAAGCUCCGUUUCAACAUCCUUGUGAUCGUGCCUGCUACCAGCAGGUCCUCACAACUGGUGAAGCUAUUAGUGGCACAGACUUCUUGAUCGGAGGAACUGGCAGGGAUUUUGUGUGCGGCAUCAGCCUUCAUGAUCUGGCUGAAAGUGUUCAUUGUUGUUCCUUCUUGCGGUUGUUGUUGAGUAUGUACAGGGCAAGCACAAAUAAUCUCCCCGAUUUCCUCGCUGCCUUGUAGUUGUGGAGCGAAACUGCAGUGGUGCAGCUAUUGAUAUCUGCUAGCUACCUAUUGGAUAAUGGCAAUUACAAUGCGACCGUGCUGCAGGAAGCAUUUUGUUGUUGUCGUUGUUAUUAUUAUUUUUUUUUGCAAUGUGGUUGAGGCAGUUUUUAUGAAGAUUUAUGGUCAUGUUCAUGCAAUCUGGAGGAUUGGUCGAAAUUCGGGAGCCUCCCAGACAAAUCGGGAGACUUCGCAGGCAUGGGUGACCAAGAGUGUUGCUGAUGUCAAUUUAGGAAGGCUCUAUCUGGUAUGCUCAUGGCCAACGAGCUUCUGUUUUCGUGAUAUUGGUUGAAACUCUGCUUAUCCUGAUUUUUUUUAAAUGUUUUUACAGAUGCGAGUUAAUGGGGUCUUACUGUAUAUAGGUGCGGAGAAGAACUCUCGAAAUUUUAUUCUUCGGUUAGAAAUGCACAGUGUGGGCACAGUUAUUUACUACACACAAACCCAGAUGGUAAUUUCUUUUUGCCCACACAUGCCAAAGUGUAUCCUGUUUGGCACUGUCUAGCACAGCUGUCACCCAUGUCUUAAGUUUAUGAAAGCUAGAUGGAAGGUGUUGUAAGUACUCAUGAUUGCGGCAAGUUGAAGACAUGCAGCGGUUGUUCAUUUCAUAGAAUAAUAUUGAAGGAAAUGACCAUACCUAUGUUGCCACAUUCACAAAUGCCAUCUGCCAUUCAUUCAAGCCAUCUGGCACUGGCUAAACCAAUGAAAUACAGUGUAGACCGCUUAUAACGUAAGUCGCCGGAGUCACGAAUAUCUGCACUAUAAGCGGUACCGCACUAUAACCAAAACAACGAUUUUCAAGCCCUGUACGUAUGCAAAACAUGUAGACCAAGCCUGUAGACACGCUUUGUACUAUCGCGUGCGCAUCGUGAUUACGUUUUCUUCAGUGAGCUGGCAAAAACAUAAUCGCGAUGUAGCCGGUGCUCUUCAAGCUCGACAGCUUUGCACCGAGUCAAAACAAAACAACUGUUUGCUGCAACCGCUGCGGAAAAAACCGUGACCACUGUCGACGCGAUUAUGAACGGCGAUUUUGCGGUGCUGAAGGCACAUGCCCGACGCAUGCACCGAGUCGUCCAGCCACUGCAACUGGCCGUCAAAACAGCGGUCUCUAUCUAUGCGAUCAUCGAUGGCGACUACGCAGUUUUUUAGGCACGCAGCCGAAGCGCGUACCGAGUAAAAACGAAACUACUGUUCACCGCAACCACUGCGGAGAAAACCACGGCCGCUAUCGACACGAUCGUGGAUGACGACUACGCAGUUACGAAAGCCCGCGGCCAACGCGGUGUUAUGCGCGGCGGUAAACGCAAGAAUACAGGCUUUAAAUACACAAAUAUGCUCGAAUUGUUCCGGCAUUGCUGUCAUUCACGUAUGAUUUCAACUGAUGGCCUUGGCGAUGCGGACCCCACCGCUUCAUUUUGGUUGGAUGCUAGCGCCGUUCUUGCUCUUUUGCGUCGCACAUUUGCGGCGCUCCUCGCUCACCGAGCUCCGAAAGUAGUCCGAAUGAGCCGAUGUGCGGCCAAAUAAGUCCGAAUUAACGAGAGUUUGAUUGCAUUGAAUAAUGCAUACGCCAGCCGGCAGCACGCACCUUGUUGAGAAGCUUGCUCGCUGCCGCCCUUGUCGGCGAGAUUUUCCCGCGGAAACUGCAUUAUAACCGGUAUUUUGUCUCACGCGGCUGCACUGUAAGCGGUAUGCAUAUACAUGGAGUUCUAUGGGAGGGUAAAUGGGAGUCGGAAAAGGCCGCAUUGUAGCCAGUUCUGCACUAUAAAUGGUUACGUUAUAAGUGGUCUAUACUGUACUAUAUGGCUGUCAAGUCAGUUCACAUGAAACUUGUUGAGUUAGUCUGCAAAAUAAAAUAAAAAAUAAAUGGUAUUGUUUUUAUACUUGUCGCAGAAGGCAGAUGGGGAGAUCAUUUCUGCUAGCCUUGUACUGGUUCUCACAGCCUGUCACAAGUUUAAGUCUGACAAGCAUACUUGGUUCUGCAGUAUGAUGCUUUAUAACGCGUCAUUGUGCUGUGCAACCUUGAGGUCAUGAGUUGCCAUCCUGACUUGCUUUGGGUGCCCACUGGAUUUGCUUUGAUUUUUUUUUUUUUUGGCUCCCAGUGGAUUCUUAAAAAUGAUUUCGGUGUACUCGAAUCCAUUGGAGACUCAAAUCCACCCAUGACUAUUGUGACCAUGCUCACUGACUUGCUAAACCGAAAGUCACCCAUGAUUGCAGAUCAGCAAGUCUAUGUGCAUUCACAUAUCUCAAGAUUGCACGUAUGAAUCUGUGCCUGUCAAGAAUGCAAGUUUGAACCUGUGUGCUCUGUAUGGGUUCUGCGAAAUCGUGGUGAUAAGGUCUGUGAUGGUAAGAGCAUGACUCAGACUCUGAGUUUGACUUUGAAUGAAGACUUCCUGGUGUUAUAUUGGGUGCGUGAACUACAGAGCGAUGUUUCUUGAUAUGCAGGUUUGUCACACUGAAGUUUGUGAUACGAUCUGCUGUAAAAGUAGUGAGCCUGCCUUGCUUGCAUUUUUCGCAGUCUUAGGAUUACAAUUUUUAAUGCAGCGCAAUGUUUUCAUUUGUGAAAUUGAAGGUCGUGCACGUAACUUUCUGGUCAGCAUUGUCUCCGCUAUAAGAAUUGCCAUAACAAGCAUUAGUAGCACUGAAAAAGCAUUUGUUUUCUUCGCCUUUCUGUAGGUUAUCACGCUACUCUCAGUAUGAAGCAAUGGUAGCAGAUGGUGCCUAUAAUACUUUUUGGGAUGCAAAAUGGAGAACCGUGAGAGCUGGCAGGCAUACAAUUAUGACCAUUUGGCUACAGCACUCCAGUGAAUCUUUUAAGCUUGAAGAUGUUGUGAAAGACGAGCUUGCAAAAAUCUUGUGAAAGAUGAGCUUGCAAAAAUUUUUAAUUCAGAACCGUCUUGCACAGAGAAUUUUCCUCUGCAAGCUAAGGUGAUUGAGCUCUACUGCUUCUGAUUCAGUUAAUAUCAUCCAUACCAAAUGGCAUUUUACUAUUGUAACAUACGAACCUAAAGGCAUGCAGCAUGUUUUUACUAUUGUAACCACUCGAAGUUGCAUUAUUUUACUCCUGAAUGAUAUGUUCAUUUUCCCACUGAUGACUGAUCAUUAUUCGAUUACGUGGCAGUCUUGCUUUUGUGCAUUGACUUGAAGUCAAGUGCAUUACUAAAUUGCAUAACACGCUUUCCAUAAGACUUACCUUAGGAUCAGUAAUCGAAUCAGAUGAUUUUUUAUGUGUUGUGUUGAGAAGUGAUGCUAGGGUAACUGCAACAUAAUGAGUCAAUGCGGCAUAGAUGAGAGACCCAUCUAGCUGCUCCUUUAUUGUUAUAGUGACUUUACAGUGUAGUGUGUUCUGAAAUUUUGUUCUUUUUGUGUUGUCAAUUUGUUACUACUUCCGAUUCCAUUUUACAAGGUUCCUGAACAGUUGCUUUGAAAAGCGCUGGUCUUACAUUAGCAGGUAGCAUUCCUCUGUUUUCAGCAUGGUUGUGAAACCUCAUUGUUUUGUAAUAUGUGUAUUUUAUUUUUUAAUGCUGUUUUGGAGCAGCAAUAGUAUUCUGAGCACCAAAAAAGUUGGAAUUAGUGUACCAAAGAUGUUUAUUGGCACCUUGUAUCACCAUGAUUAUGCUCAUGUGAACUUCUUUCAUGCAAGUACUUACUGUCGCAGUGGGUGUCUACUAACCUCUCUGGUACGUUAGAGGCAAGUGCAAGUUAAGACUUGCAUUGGGAACUCCGCCCGCACUACUACUACUGCCAGCUGUGUUGUACUACAUAACACGUAGAGUUCAUGAAUCGCAAUCCUUUUCCUUCUUCUGACUGUGAGGAUUAGGGUUAAGGUUGCAACAAUCAUUAGGUAGCAUUUCUUUUUUUCCUGGUACAAAACUGUUCUGUUACCACAAAAUAAUAGUACUGCCAGCACUUGAUGAGAAAUAUUAUUACAAAAACUAAUUGCAUUAAAAGCAGUAGCUAUAUACUUCAGAUGGCAAAUACAGGACCAUACAUUAAAGGUACAAGGGAGUUCCUUGCGAUAAAUACAUCAGUAAAAUCAUUUUUGGAAACACCUGGUGAAUAUUCAGUUCAUUUUAACUCAAUUCUGUUAAUUUUCAACUGUGAUUAGUUCACAGAGCAGUUGAAUACAGCACACUGAUAAGGUCACUGGAGAAUAAUGAUGUUUGCAAGAUAUAUGCAACUGAUGCAGCAUGUUACGAACACAUUGUACUCUAUACUGUACGACCAGAAGCAAUUUAUCUUCUAAUAGAAUGAUGUGUGCAGGAAGUUUAUGAAGUUUAUGCCUCCAUGUAAAUCUUCAGCUACAUUUAAUUUCUUCAUUUUCAUACAUAUUUCACUGUUAAGCGUAGGCUGUGCUCAGUCUACCCGACAGUUUUGGUAAUCACCACAUGCUCUUGUUUUAAUCUGCAUUAUGAGAGGAAAAGGUGCUACAGCAACGUAAAACGUAGGUAUGUUCUAGUAUUGAUGCACCAGUGCACUUUCUGUGGGAGCCAGCUUUAUUUCUCAAGUAGCGCAGAAAGAUUGCCCGGUCAUCAUUUAGCGACCACUACGCAAUGUUCUGGCAGUAUAGUGGCCUAUGCUGAUUGCAACUUAUAAGCAUUUACAUCUGUGUUACGAGUGCCAGCCAAGCUCGUGAAUUUUGUUUUACAAUGCUGCCGUACACUUCCUACUGCCAUAGCACAGAGCAUAGUGUGUAGGGGGCACUAGCGUAUGUUUAAGCUAUUAAAGUGAGCUGAUUGUAAAGGAGAUUGCUUGUGAAAUGUAGGUUGUCGAGUGCUGAAAAUUGCCUGUGCGCUUGUUGUACACAUUUUCGAAUGCAGCAGUAACGACAAGUAGUGUUAACCACCACUUGGGUUGAAGGCAAGCCAAUGUUAUAUGGAACAAACUAGCAAGUGUCAUCAUGGUGUUAGCGCCACUCUGCAGACCUGUAGUGGUCUUGUCAUUUGUUCAAGGAUCGUGCUGGUAGUUCUCUGUAUUAAGGUCCGUCUGUACAGCGCAUUUGCAUCAUAGAAUUUUAUCAUUGUUACAUAGCUAAUGUAUCCUGACCACAAGGAUUCAGUACAAGAAUAUGGCAUCCUUGCAGCGGCCCUUUGCCGCUGUAGGCCACCUAAGAAAAGGGAGAGCGAAACGAUUUCUAGAUGGUCUGUUUAGCAAAAGCAUUUAUAUAAAAGCAGUCAUAAAAGCCUUCACAAACAAUAAAAGAGGGGCGGGGGGGUCUCCUUUUUUGUUUUUGAAAAUUCAGCAGACAACUUCAAUAAAUGUAUGAAAAAAGGAACGUGAUUAUGUUGAACUACUAACGAAGCUUUUAAUGAUGACCUCGAGGUAUAUGUACAGAAUAGUGGCAGAAGAAAAAUACUGAUCCAUAUAUCUCUAAACACUCUCACUCCAACCAAAUGGGAAGAUAACCCUUGUCAUUCUUUGUCAAGUUGAUUAGGCAUUCAUACUCUUUUUGCCAUGACAAGAAAAAAGAUUACUUUCGUAGUUUUAUUGGACUAGAGCAUCAAUAGAUACGUGCAUCAGCAUUUAUUGUCUUUUUCUUUUUUCCACAAUGCCACAUCUAUAGUUUAAGACCUCAUCAUUAAAGAUGUACAGUCAGCAUCAAAGCUUCACAGACCGCUAGAUCCCAGAAAAGGCUGAAUAUUUCUGCAGUCCGGACAUACAACCUUGUAUUAGAUUUCCGGCUUGUGCUAAGCAUAUGCAGACAGUAUAGUGUUGUACAGUUUUACUGGCUACAGUCACAAACUGCUAGGAAAUUCACUGUUUUCUCGCUGUCCACAAACUUUUGAAGCUGACUGCAGUUGGUAGUCCACCAGUGUACUGAAUUUUCUGUUUUCUUCUUACGUGUUGUCCAAGUUGUCUGCUGAAUCCCAGAAAAUUAAGGGUCCGCUAUCUCAGUUGAGAGACAUUUUUCUAGUAAGCUUGUUCCCGUGACAACUAGCAAUGUCAUAUAUAUGCAUAGUGGAAACAGAUUGAUCAUAGCCCGAUACGUUUGUACUGCAUUUCAAAACACAGCUUGGUGUGUGAGCGAAAGCCGCAAUGAACAAAUACAACCAUUUUCCUCUCACUGCAUAGCAAAUAUCGGAGCAUUAUAUUUUUUAAGAAUGUUGAUUUCAACAUGCUGUACAGUUUGUCCCUGUUUGGGGCAAGAGUUGGUGGGUGACUUUUAUUUCAUCGUUGUGUUUUAUAGUGAUCUCUGGACAAGACAGACAUCUGAGCUUAGGUUAGAAUUUAACUACGAGACCUCAGAGCCUUAGACAUGUUGUAUAUAUGUGCAAUAGCUUUUUAACAAUGUGAGACUUGCUGUGUGUGAUUUUCAAAAUGCAACAAUUUCGUCUAUUUCUCUUAAAAUUGGCAGUUUUGCUAGGUGAGAUCUGCCUGCAGCAAUACAAAACAUACCCAUGCCUAGUGCUGGAGAUUGUUCAUAUUUACUUUUAUCGACUGUGGACAGUUAGUUGCACAAUGUCAUUUCAACCGGCGGACACUCUAAGGCCCCAUUAACAUAAAAAAAAAGAAAGCAUAUGUUUUCGGAGAUGUCAGUGGCCACGUAUUUGACCCUGUGAAAAUAGCGUAUUUCAAUAUUGUGUUAUGUGUAUUCAUCCCAACCAGAAACUUGUUACACCCAUUAAGUGUGAACGUCUAUAGCUUAUUACUAUUUUUGUGCUGUGAUAAACACGCAUUUGCUUCUGACAUUCAAAGGUGCACUUUCUGUCUUCUGGGAGUAGUUUCAGUGCACGAAAGGUACUGCAGUGUUGUUUUGUCAUAGCAGUCAUCUUGUUGUAAAUGCUGAUAGACAGCUAUGCAGUUUUUUCUUUGGGAUCCAUUCCUGUCAUUCUUGUUGCAGUCACAAACCACUUAGUAGUGACUAGAUGGUGUGUUCUGUUAUAAUGUAACAUUUUGCUGUGCGUGCACGACAUUCUAAUCUACAUUCAUGAACACGUCUCAUUUAUGCAGUGGCUUUAGUGAUCCUGCGAUUUGUUUUGUUGCAACUUGGUGGAAGUAAAGGUACUGUUUUUCUUUUUCUUCAGGA